AAGACGAGCCUACAGAAUUUAUCGAGUGGAUUUAAAGGGUCACUUCGGCGGAGGUGUUGCAAACGCAGAAGGGAUUUUGCAGUACGUUUACGCAGACCUACUGGAUUUAAUGACGCUCCUAAGUGAAGAUCCAUGGUUAAUAUGUCAAAGGACUCAGACUACACCUGCUCCUAUGGGAUGAAGUUAACCUGGGAUAUCAAUGACCCAAAGUUACCACAGGAGCCCAAGCACUUUGAUUCCUUCCAGGAGUGGCCCGAUGGCUAUUUGCGGUUCAUCUACUCCAACGAGGAUAAAAACGCACAGCGCCACCUCAGCGGGUGGGCCAUGCGCAACACCAACAACCACAACUGCCAAAUCCUCAAGAAGUCCUGCCUCGGUGUGGUGGCAUGUGCCAGGAACUGCACCCUGUUGGAUGGGGCCAAGCUGCAGCUCCGGCCUGCCAUUUGCGACAAGGCUCGCCAAAAGCAGCAAAAAAAACUUUGUCCAAACUGCAAUUCAGCUCUUGAGUUAAUUCCUUGCCGGGGGCACAGCGGCUACCCAGUAACUAACUUCUGGAGACAUGAAGGCAAGGCAAUAUUUUUCCAGGCCAAGGGAAUACAUGACCACCCUAGGCCAGAGAGUAAAUCAGAAACGGAGAUCAGAAGAAGUGCCCUUAAAAAGCAAACACCACCUUCUCAUUCAUCUCAGAAAAAAAGGCUUCUGGAUUUUCAGACAGGAAUGUGUUUUGAGAACAGCAGUCACUUUCAUUAUAUUCAUCAUCUGGGAUGUGAAGAAGGAUCAGAAAAAAUCAACAUAAUUGCAGAUACUGGCUUGCCACUCCUAGCUCAGCCUCACCAUUUAUUUCAAAAUACAGAACCUUAUAACAUUACCUACGAUGCAGCCAGCUUUCAAGAGGAUGUGUUAUCACCACUUCAGAAGCACCCAAGCCGCAAAAUCUAUACAUCUAAACCAACUUGUGGCUAUGAAUGCUCAUUUCCUGGUUACAUCAGUUCCAGUCUGCAUACAUUUCACAAAGAUCCAAUGGAUAUUCCAGGGGAUGCUGACCAUAUUGUGUUGAAUGGACUUCAAUACCAUGUAAAUUCACUAAAUGCCCAUGAAAAGAACUUUGAUGGCACCCAUAAACACCAUGGACUAAAACAGGCCUUAGCUGAAACUAACUACGGAGAAAGGAUUGGUGAUGGAUUGAGUCAAGUCAAUGUUAAUCAUCCCCAUUACAGUGAAGAAUAUGCUUGCAGAUAUAGCAGUCAUUCCUCUUUGGAAGCCCCGCCUUUGCAAACUGUUAUAACCACAACUACCAAGAUGUCCCUUGAAGCCUACAAGCCUCCUGUGACAAAGUACGGUGACAGUUUAUAUGAUCCAAAAGAUCUUAUGAGCUGUUCCUUGGCAGAGAGCAUUUCAGGGAAUGUCUGUGAAGAGAUAAGCCUUCAAGACGACUGGGGAAUGGGCAAACCAAGUGAGAUUGGUGAGCAUUUUCUGACAAUUGAUAAGGAGGAGCAUAUAGCAUCAGUGAAUAAAUGCCAGGAUAGUACUGAUGCAGGAAAAGUUUAUACUGGAUAUGAAGAACAAACAUUCCAGUUUGAGAAUACUGAAUACUAAGCCUCAGGUGUGGCAACAUUUGUGUACACACACACACACACAGAGAGAGAGAGAGAGAGAGAGAGAGAAUAAGGAUUUAUUUUUUUUACCAAUAGAUUAUACCAUAUUUUGUGGCUUUGGGAGAUUUGAUCAACACUGUGGCUCAUGUUAUUCUUUCUAAACGUAACAUUACAGUCACAAUGUAUAAACCGCACAGCAGUUAAGUCAUGGACAGGUUAAAGGGUGAUGCAAUGUCAGUCAUACCAGAGGUCCAUUGAAAUCUGAAAAUGACUUUGUUGGAUAUCAUCUAAAUAUUUGCAAGAA